UAAUGGGUUCUUUCGGAGGUUUAGUAAUCAUCUUCGCAAGCUUUCUGUGUCUGUUUCUUAUCUUAGGUCUAAUCAAGAUCCUUCACAAGAUAUGGUGGACUCCGACUCGCAUUCGGAAGCUGAUGGCUUCACAGGGGAUCCGAGGCCCUCCUUACCGACUUAUCCAUGGAAACACCAAAGAAAUCUCUGACAUGAGAAAGGAAGUCAUGGGAAGGCCACAGAUUUUAUCACACGACGUACUUUCUGUUGUUCAACCUAACAUGCACACAUGGAUCAAGAUAUAUGGGAAGAAUUAUCUUCAAUGGCAUGGUUCUACGGCUCAGUUGGUCAUUACAGAACCCGAGUUGUGCAAAGAGAUACUGAAUAACAAAGAUAGAGCUUAUCCGAAAGCAGAUACCCCAAACUUUGUGAAGAAGUUAUUGGGAGACGGCCUAGCGGCAACAAUCGAAGCUGAAAAAUGGGGAAAAUUGCGUAAACUGGCCACCCAUGCCUUCCAUGGAGAGACUUUAAAAAGUAUGAUUCCGGAAAUGGUAGCUAGUGCCGAAGCAAUGCUAGAAAGGUGGAAAUUUUUUGAAGGAAAAGAGAUUGAGGUGUAUGAAGAGUUUAGAUUGUUCACUUCGGAAGUGAUUUCUAGAACAGCAUUUGGCAGCAGCUAUAUAGAAGGAAAGAACAUUUUUGAGAUGUUGAUGAAGUUAAGCUCCCUGUUAUUCAAAAAUGCUUUCAAGGUCAGGGUUCCCGGCAUCAGUAAGUUCUUCAAAACCAGCGAUGAGAUCGAAUCAGAUAAACUUGAGAAAGAAGUACAUGCCACCAUAAUAGAGAUUGUCAAGAAAAGAGAAAACAAGGCAGGGACUGAAGAAAAGGACAGUUUUGGAAGUGAUUUUCUUGGAUUACUUUUGAAGGCUCGUCACAGUGCCAAUGACAACCAGAGGAUUUCGGUGGAUGAGUUAAUUGAUGAGUGCAAGACGUUUUACUUUGCUGGACAAGAAACCACUAAUACUUUGCUUGGUUGGACCGUCUUUCUUCUGGCACUCAAUACGGAUUGGCAAGAGGAGGCAAGGAAGGAGGUCAUACAAUUAUUUGGCAAACAAACUCCAAAUCAUGACGGCAUUGCCAAAAUGAGAACUAUGAACAUGAUCAUCAAUGAGUGUCUGAGGUUAUAUACCCCUGCGGUUUACCUUACAAGGAAAGUUGAAAAGGAAGUGAAACUGGGAAAGCUCAUCGUUCCUGCUAAUCUUGAAUUGGUUAUCUCGACCAUUGCACUUCACCAUGAUCCUCAAAUCUGGGGCAAAGAUGUCCACCUUUUCAAACCAGACAGAUUCUCAGAAGGGGUUUUAAAAGCAACUAAUAAUAAUGUAGGUGCAUUCAUACCCUUUGGACUGGGAACCCGAACUUGCGUGGGCUUGAAUUUCUCGACAACUGAAGCGAAGAUUGCUCUGUCGAUGAUUCUACAACGCUAUUCCUUCACCCUUUCCCCGUCUUACGUCCACCUGCCCUUGCAUUAUGUUACUGUUCGUCCAUAUCAUGGAGUUCAGGUGAUUUUACACUCGCUUUGAACGGCGAAGAGCAGAGUUUCUCAUGGUUCUUGCAUUUGGGGUAUCUGAAUCACCUACACAUUGAUGCCUUUGAUAAAUACAAUAAGUAUAAUAAAGAAAUCUUGAACGUCAUAAAAGUAGUUGUACACUCCCUUGUGAACUGCCCAUGAAUUCUGCACUAGGGCGUCAGGACUGUACGCAGCCUAAUAUGAGCACUGCAACAUAAAUAAAAUAGGGGAAAUUUUAUUUAAACCCAUGUAAUA